AUGGAUGGGGAUAUCAGCCUCUCCCAGUCUCUGGGCGGAUUACGCAUAGCGAACCCAGAUAAUGCCUCACUACAUUCAUCCGAGGACGCCUCGACUCCCGCUGCUACCGCUGUUCCCCCAGCAUCUACAACGCCAAAUGCUACGAAAGAUGAACCGACAGUAACAGAACAGCUGGCCGGCGUAACAUCAUCGCUUCCUCCAGCCGACCACCGACUCUCCUACCAGUCAUACCACCCCGAUGCCCAGCAGCAACCCGGUUCAUAUUACGGCCCCCCUUUCCCCUCUCAACCGCAACACCCUCCGUCUUCGGGCUCCUCCCGCCCCGUAUCAGCUUUGUUCGCAAAUGGGGGCGCGCCAGUCUCGACUACCUCUCGAGAAGGACCAUAUCGUAUUCGCACGGACUCUGCCGCGUCUUCUGCUUCCGAAAGCUUAGCUCGCGCCGGAUCCCGCGGAGGUUCUUCAGCUUAUCAGGCUGGGGUACCCAUCCGCGAUAAUACUCAUAGCGACCGCUCCUACCACACGGCACAAAUACCGGCGAAUGGGGCAGCAGUGAUGCGUCAACCGUCUCGAGCACGGACUGCGGGCGUUCCGCAACUGUCAGGAUCGCCUUAUGGGAUGGAAAAUGGGCCAAUGUCUAGUAGUGAUGAAUGGCAGGAACGUGGGGCAGCCGUCACAGUGAGACAGGAGAUUGAUGCUAAUGGGAAGCCCGUCGCGCGGUACAUAAAGAAGGGCGUCCGAGAUUUCUCCUUUGGACAGACUCUCGGCGAGGGGUCCUAUAGCACCGUCGUGCUGGGGACAGACCGCCAAACCCUCAAAGAAUAUGCAAUCAAGAUUUUGGAUAAACGACACAUCAUCAAAGAGAAAAAGGUCAAGUAUGUAAAUAUCGAAAAAGACACCUUGAAUCGCCUCACCGACCACCCCGGCGUCGUCCGAUUAUACUACACCUUCCAGGAUGAACGCUCGUUAUACUUCGUCCUGGACCUUUGCAAAGGAGGAGAGUUGUUAGGCGUCUUGAAGCGAAUGGCAACAUUCGAUGAAGAGUGCACUAAGUUUUAUGGCGCUCAAAUAUUAGACGCGAUUGAUUACAUGCACAGGCGCGGUGUCAUCCACAGAGACCUGAAGCCGGAGAAUGUUCUGCUUGACAGCCAGAUGCAUGUCAAAGUUACUGAUUUUGGCACGGCAAAGAUACUCAAGAGCCGCCAAGGCUCUCUGAACUCAAGCGGGAUUCCGUCGCUUGACUCGGAUAUACCUGAGGAAGAGCGUGCCAGCUCCUUUGUUGGUACGGCCGAGUACGUUAGCCCCGAAUUAUUAACGGACAAAAAUGCUUGCAAGGCGAGCGAUCUGUGGGCCUUUGGUUGUAUCAUUUACCAGCUUCUGGCUGGGCGGCCACCCUUCAAAGCCGGAAAUGAGUACCAGACGUUCCAAAAAAUUGUUGCGCUGGAGUACGAGUUCCCUCUGAGCUUCCCCAGUGUCGCUCGCGAUCUCGUCGAGCGUCUCCUCGUCCUUGACCCCGCUCGCCGUCUGCCGAUUGAACACAUUAAGAACCAUGAGUUCUUCCAGGGUAUAACUUGGGGUGUGGACCUAUGGAAACAAAAAGCGCCCCGCCUGAAAGCUUAUAGCCCUCCGCCACGCGAACCUAUUAAACUUAAUGGGGGCUCUGACGGAGACAGCUUCCCCCCGAGUAUCAACGCGGCACCUUCAAACACGAGUUCCCGUGUGGUGCCCAGGUUGAUCACCGAAUUGCCCGCCCCCAGUCAGCUUGACAUCGAGUGGUCUCCAGUAUUAACGAAAAAUAACGAAAGGAUCCUGAAGUUGGGAAACCUAGUUGUCUUGUCUUCUCCGGCGUCUCAUAGUCCUGUCUCUAGACAUGGUGAAUAUGAAGCCCCAAGGAAAUUCUCUCGUUUCUUUGGGGGUAGCACAACUAAGAAGCGACAACGAUUGGUCAUGAUCACGUCAUCUGGUCGGAUCAUUAUGGCUGCUGCUGGCGGCGAUGAGAAAAAGGCCAAGAUGGAGUUGUCUCUGCUUGCCCCAGGGACGCAUUAUCGCACAUCUACCGACGCUAAGGGGGUGUCAUGUUGGAUUGUGGAUACGCGCGAGAAACACUUCGUUUUCGAGGAUCCCAAACCGUCAUCAAGCAGUGCGGGCACAACCGCUUUAACUACGCAGGAGUGGUUGGACACCCUCGACCGAGCUCGAGAGAUGGCUCUAGCUCAACAAAAUAACGGGCCAUACUCUGGGGAUGACGCAUUCCGUGAUCUAUCCUCUGGGUUUUCAAGCCACGCUAAUACUCUAGACCGAGCUGCGGAAACCCCCCACGAAGCAGGACCGCCACAAGGACGAGCUACGCUCGUUAAGCACCAAGGAAAUGACUCCGACUCAGUCAAAGGGAAGAAACGUUUCAGCCGGCGCCACUCCAAGAACGGUCUUGCUGCGGUCUUUUAG